ACGGAAACGGCUUUCCAACUGCCCUGCCUUUUUGUACAGUACUGUCAUCACGGCUUGGAUGUCCAACCCGCCGGAGCUGGGCGCCAACCUUCAGCCCUACCGGUGGUUCUGACUGGUCGUUGGUUCGGCUCCUGGACGUCCCGCUCAAUUCGCCGCCAAUCACCGCACCCACAAACCCAGCCGCACGCCCAAGAUGGUUCGGGGCGCCAGGUACAGUACGUACGCACCACACACAGCACGUAAUCUAUUGUAGCUGGGCUGCAUACCGGAGCCUUCUCUCUCCGGUCUAGCAGUCACGAGCGGAUUUCGCCAUGUCAGGUCUGUGAGCUUGGUCUUCUUUUCUCCAAUUCGUGACCAUGCAAACACCACGCCCCCUUAUACCGGGACCUCGUGUACUGCACCUCAACGUCCGUCCAUAACCACGAUAUCCAGAAUCGUUCAGAAUCCGAGACCAUGCGAUAGUACCAGAUAUGGACCCAUACCCAUCAAGGCCACGGCCACCCGUCCCCCUUCGUUCCGACACUUCAUCGAGCGCCUUCAGCAGGAUCUCAACCCUUUCCGAUUUUACCGACCAUGGCAUCUUCCAAGAUGACUUCACAGGCGUUCCAUUGCAUGGACAACCCUCUCUUGUGUCGCUUCAGUCGAGUCCCGAUAGCCAAGACCAAGGCCACAUCUAUGCCAAUCCAUCAUCAUCGAGCUGGACGCCUUUCGCCGGCAAUUCUAGCAUUGGCUAUUCUCCAGUAGCUCCUACGCCAGAAGUGUCACAGCCUCGAAAGCAAGGCCGAAGUCAGACUCAUAGACGGCAUGAGCCAAUUCAAGAAGAAGACGACAUUGGCCUCAGGCUGAUCAACUCGGCUGCCCCUCUGGGAGUAGAGGAAUCCAAGGCUUCAAGCGACCGAGUUCCUUCCGUUCCGGCCUUCGAUGUCACCAGUGCCUUGGGACCGACCACCAAGGACGACGAGGCCUUUCUGAGGACAUUGCAAGAGCAUGAGGCUCAGGGGAAACUGACGGGUGGUUUGGGACUCGGCAUCAAGGCUGAGAAGACUCUGACAGAAUCAGCACUGCUGUCAGCGAGCCCAACGACAGAACGGCCACCAAGUCGCUCGUUCUCACGAGCAAGCAGACGCCUGAGCCGAGCGGAGACACUAAAACGGUUGGGACAGAACGAAGCAAACAGACGUGGCGAGGUGAUUGAAGUUGUUAUGGAGGAUGAUAACCCGUUUCACUCCAAAGUCGAUCUCAGUCUUGUCGCGGGAUUCGACACAGUUGAGCCGAUACAGCCGGUCAUGAGACAGACGACUUUCCCAACCAAGAAGGCCACGACCGAAAUCUUCUACCCGCAGCCCAACUGGAAACCUGUAUCGAUGAGAUGGCCCUACUUGCUCUUGUUGAUCGUUCUAUCCCUCGGUCUCGGAGCUGCUGUCGAGGUACUCUAUCGAUCUUCCGCUCGGACCCCGCUCAUCAAAUUCCGGUCACCUUCCGAUAUACCAGCCGGCCAGCGAUUUGCUGUCAGAUUCCUGCCCAUAAUAGUUGCCGUCUCGUAUGGCGUGCUGUGGCAGAUCACCAAUUUCAAUGUCAUGCGCCUCGAGGCAUAUUAUCAAAUGUCCAAAGAGGGUGGCGCCCUGGCUGCAGAGUCCAUCAACGUCGACUACCUAACCCAGUUCAAUCUCUUCCGGCCGUUCCGGGCCCUUUACUGCAGGCACUAUGCUGUAGCCGUUUCGUCAGUUGCCAGCUUGCUCGCGAACGCGCUUGUGCCGACGCUCAGUGCGGCUAGUAUCAUUCUUUCUCCCGACCGAGACACCCGCUCGAGGUUCCCCAACGCCGAAAAGAGCAUCCUUAUCCACCACGUAUGGGCCCGCCUCCUGACAGCUCUCUUCUGCAUCAUUGCAGUCCUCGGAUGCGCCUUGUUCUACCUGCUCCAAACCCGGCGGUCCGGUCUGCUAGCCGACGUCAAGGGCAUCGCCGGCCUCGCCUCCAUGGCCACGGCCUGUCACAUCCUCAUGGAUUUCAAAGACAUGGACGUGGCCACGCACCAAGACAUCCACCAGCGGCUCAAGGAUCACCGCUACGUGCUCCGCAACUCGUGCCUUGCACCAGACGACUCCAACCCGCCUUCCAAGCAGGAGCGAGACAGAUACACGACGAACCACCUCUCGGCCAACCCGCAGCCUCUGAUGCUCCGCUGGGAAGGCGCAUUCCCCUUCAUCGCCGUUAUCGUCCUCUUCGCCGUCCUCCUCCCAACCGUCCUCUUCACCCCGGCCACCGUUCUCACUGACCGCGCCCCCUGGUUCAUCACGGCGGUAGCGGUCGUCAUCAAGCUCAGCUGGGGCGCGCUCGAGACCGACGUCCGCAUGAUGGAACCCUACUAUAUCCUCUGGCGGCGGCACGCCCCGCCAAAGACGCUCACGCUCGACUACACGGCCAUGCCGUUCGGCUGGGUCGCCGUCCAGGGCCUGCUCAACCGCCACUGGCUGGUGUUCCUGGUCGGGUUCGGCACCGUGCUGACCGAGUUCCUGACCGUGCUGGUGACGUCGCUGGCGACAGUCGAGGGGCGCGUGUUUGUCGCGCUGAUAGGGCAAAAGCCGGACGGUGAAGCUGGGCAGUUAGCUGAUGAUGGUGAUGAUCUUAGUGGUGGUGCAGGGCAUAUCAACGCCGGGCAAGAAACGGUGCCGAGCUUCUGGCUGUCGCUGGCCGGCGCGUUGCUUAUCUUACUCUAUAUGGGCGUCGUGGCCGGAGCGGUAUACUGGAAGCGCGGCAGGCGCGUGUUCCUCCCGCGCCAGCCCAACACCAUCGCCAGCGUGCUGGCCUACAUCCACCAGAGCAAGAUGCUGUACGGGUUCGUCAACACGGCCAAGCUCGGCACGGCCGAGUUGCUGAGGCGGCUGGAACGGGGCGGCAAGACGUACGGCCUCGGCUGGUUCCGCGGCAGGGACGGCCAGAGCCACUGCGGCGUCGACGAGGAGGAGCUGUUGAGCGGUUUCAGGCGACGCUACGAUUACUCGUGGGCUACCAAGCCGUGGGAGGAUCCGCAGAACUGGAUUUGAGUUGUUUGGCUUGUUUAUCAAGGUACUUUGGUGUGUGCAUAGCGAUCCGGCGGAAGUGCAUUUAAUGGCGUCAUUGGGCAUGACGGUGAGUGUUUAUGUUUCUACAGUUCCUGAAUCAUGGGAUUGGGGGGAGUGUACAGAGUAAUUGUUCUCAUAGCUUACAAUUCCUCUACACUAAAGUCGAGAGUUGCAUGCUGUCAGUCGUCAGCCAGGCCUUUACCGCUGUGAACUGUCAUCUGUUGGGCUCGUUCCUACACAUAUGUAUGUAUGUACUGUACAAUACAUAUAGUAGUAAAAGACCU